AUGUCACAGAAAAAUCUCGUCAAGGAUGUCCGCAUCGCCGGGGACGAUAGGGCUUCAUAUAUGACGGCCGAUGUCCACGGUCUUCCAGCCCUCACCAAUGAACAGCAGUCAAUACUCUCCAGCUCCAAAGAACAAUAUCUUCAGCAUCAAGAAUUGGAUAAACUCGUCGUUGGCGCAGCUAUAUUACAGCUAGGCGGUACGUCCUCAGGCCCACGAAUGCUGCUUCUCAAGCGUAGUGCCUUAGAGACCUACUAUCCGAAUGUUUUCGAAAUGCCCGGUGGCAAGGUUGAUGAUACGGAUCUCACUAUCCUAGCUGCAAUUGUCCGGGAAGUCAAAGAGGAGACAGGGCUGGAUGUCACCCGUGUCUUUGCACAACUGCCUGACUUCAGCUAUUCGACGUCGAAGGUGACACGUGCGGAGGAUGGACAGGAAAAGACGGUAUCCAAGACGUGUCUGCAGUUGAGCUUUGCUGUCACCGUGGGAUCAGAGGAAUUUCGUGUCAAUGCCAAGGAGCACUCGUUAGGAGUAUGGGCGGACAGAGAGAUGGUAAAGGACUUGGAAAUGACUGAUGAGAUGAGGGCAUUGGUGGAGGGUGCGCUGGGGAAAGCAGUUGGUGAUUGGGCUGAGAUUGGGGGAGAGAAGUGA